UUAGGGGAGUGUUUCAAGUGUACGGAACUGACUCAAAAUAAACGGAGUUAUCCGGUACAUACAAAGCAACGCCCAACCUCAGCAGAUAUGCCUUUGUUUGCGAAAGUAAAAAACCCACUGGAGCUCGUCAAAAGCCUGAGGGACUACCUACUAGUCCUAGAGCAGCAUGGAUCCGGUUCAAAGAAAGCAGAAAAGGCUGUGGAAGAGUCAUCAAAGAUUCUCCAGCAAAUAAAGAGCAUUCUGUAUGGGUCUGGAGAUCAUGAACCACAGACUGAACUCGCUGCUCAACUUGCUCAAGAAUUUUAUAACUUUGACAUGCCGUUUCAUAUUAUUAAAAACCUCGCGAACCUUGACUUUGAGGCGAAAAAGGACGUAGCUCAGAUAUUUAAUAACAUAUUAAGACGACAGAUAGGUGUAAGAUCACCAACUGUCGAGUACAUAUGUACAAAGAGCGAUAUAUUGUUCAUGCUGGUCAGAGGAUAUGAUAAUCCUGACAUUGCCCUCAACUGUGGAGUCAUGUUAAGGGAAUGCAUCAAACACGAGCUGUUGGCUAAGAUAGUCCUCGAAUCGGAGUCUUUUUAUUCUUUUUAUACGUACGUGGAACUCUCAACCUUUGACAUUGCUUCUGAUGCUUUCUCAACCUUUAAGGAAUUGCUGACAAGACACAAAGUCCUCUGUGCUCAAUUUUUGGAAGGCUCGUAUGAUAAAGUUUUCGACAAGUAUCAUGUUUUACUUAAUUCUGAAAACUAUGUGACAAGAAGACAGUCACUGAAAUUAUUAGGAGAGCUAUUGCUGGAUAGACACAAUUACACUGUGAUGACCCGUUACAUUAGUAAUCCAGAGAAUCUCAAGAUGAUAAUGAACAUGUUGAGAGACAAGAGCAGAAACAUACAAUUUGAGGCUUUUCAUGUUUUCAAGGUUUUUGUGGCUAAUCCAAACAAGGCCAAACCAAUACAGGAUAUCUUACUCAAAAAUCAAGAAAGACUUGUUGAUUUUCUUAUGAAAUUCCACAAUGACAGAACGGAGGAUGAGCAAUUUAAUGACGAGAAACAGUUUCUAAUUAAACAAAUAAAAGAAAUGUCGGAAGGAGAUGGAGGCAAAGUGGGAGGGGCAGUGGGAGGAGCUACAUCAUAAAGUUGUUAUUUAUAUGCAGACAAUAAAGGAAACGCUUUUAAUGAACAAUCCAUUAACUAUUGUAUAAUUAAUCAUUAUUAUUAUUAUUAUUAUUAUUAUUAUGUUUAUUCUUUUGAAAAUGUUGAUUGUAAUAA